UCAAUUUCGCUUUACUGAUUAAUUUGAACCUUUUUACUUGGUGACCAAAGCAAGUCAACGGUGCUGUUGAUCGUCGCGGAAGUUCCUGCAAUAGAAGAGGCAAAAACGGUAUCGUUUGACUCAGCUGCCCACUCCGGAACAAGGAAGUGUUUCUCCUACUGUUUCCACUCCUUGCUUCCUACGAACGUUGUUACAACACCAUUUCUUCAUGUUUACAUUGAUAGCAUAUCAAUACCCAGAGCUUGUUUCCUUUUACUCUUAAAGAUUCAGCAAACCUUCCUUUCUUUGUUUUUUUAAUUCUUCUUUUUCUUCAGUUCCCUAAGAAAGAACAAAAUGCCUUCAGUGAAAAUACCCACCUCAUUUUUCAACGGCACCAACCAAGGUCACUCAGCCAAGGUCAUCUUCUCAGCUGCUGCAUCAGUCGCCGCCACUGCCAUGCUGGUGCGCUCCGUCGCCAAAGAAUUUGUUCCUCGCGAGCUGCGAGACUUCAUUUUCUUGAAAAUCAAGGAUCUCCUUGCCUCUUUGUCUUCAGAGCUCACGUUAGUCAUCGAAAAAUAUGAUGGUCUCAAUCAUAACCUUCUUUACAAGGCUGCAGAGCUCUAUCUUGAGCCCACAAUCCCCCCUAACACGAAGAGAAUUAGAGUAACCAUGCCAAGAAAAGAAGGAAAGAUUUCAUUGUCCCUUGAAAAGAAUGAAGAAAUCAUUGAUAAGUUUAAUGGGGUUCAAGUGAAGUGGAGGUUUGCUUCAAAAAAUAUUCCUUCCAAGUAUAUUCAAGGAUCUGAUCCUUACAACCCUGUGGUUAAAUCCGAGACGUUCUUCGAGCUAAGUUUCCAUAAGAAACAUAAAGAAAAUCUGAACGAAUAUAUGCAGCAUAUAUUGGCCAAAGCAAAAGAAAUGAAGGAGAAAAAGAAGACCUUGAAGUUAUAUACCUUGAAGUACGAGAGGAUGCCUGGAAGGAAAGGGGAUAUGUGGCAGUCAGUGAAUCUUGAUCAUCCGGCUACUUUUCAAACCCUGGCAAUGGAUUCAGAGAUGAAGCAGAAAAUAGUGGAGGAUUUGGAGAGAUUUGUGAAAAGAAAGGAGUACUACAAGAGGGUAGGCAAGGCCUGGAAAAGGGGGUACUUGUUUUUGGUCCCUGGCACAGGGAAGUCAAGCUUGAUUGCUGCCAUGGCCAAUUAUCUUAAUUUUGAUAUUUAUGACUUGGAGUUGACUGUCAGAGGGAAUUCAGAGCUCAGGAAGUUGGUGAUUUCAACUGGGAACAAAUCAAUACUGGUUGUGGAGGAUAUUGAUUGUUCUCUGGAGUUGCAGGAUAGGCUUGCACAAGCCAGGGCUGCGGCAGCACAAAGUUCUCGACAUAUUCAUUUACCUCAGUAUCAGUUGACCCUGUCAGGAUUGCUGAACUUCAUAGAUGGGUUAUGGUCAAGCUGUGGGGAUGAAAGGAUAAUAGUGUUCACAACCAAUCACAAGGACCGGCUUGACCCAGCUUUGUUACGCCCUGGUCGAAUGGAUAUGCACAUCCACAUGUCCUACUGCACUCCAUGUGGGUUCAAAAUGCUGGCUUCCAAUUACCUCGGGAUUUCAGAGCACCCGCUCUUCUUAGAGAUUGAGGAAUUGCUAGAGAUAUCGAAGGUGACCCCAGCAGAAGUAGGUGAGCAGCUGAUGAAAGACGAGGUGUCUGAAAUUGUGCUACGAGGUCUCAUCGAGUUUCUUGACGCCAAGCUAGAAGAAGGUCGAGAAGCUGAGGCCGAAUCUGAAGCUGGUGAAUCACAAUCUGGAGUAGCGCAAGCAGCAGAGGGUUGGGACAAGCUAGAAGACAAACAAGGUAAAAGCAAGAAACAGGAAGAUCGAGGGAACCAACAAACACUAAUGAUUCAGUAAAUCGCUGUAGUUUUCUGGUAGAAGAAGAAUAUGACUCUGAAGAGAGAGAAACAAUAGCCUAAUAUAUGUACCAAGAAUGUCUUGUUUACUUGUUUUCUGGGGAAAGCAGAAAUUUGGCAUGAAAUCAUCCUACCAUGCAAGUGUAACAACUCAACCAAGUCGAUCAAUUUCCAUAUUUCUGAGCAUCUUUGAAUGUUUAUUUUGGUAACAGAAAUAUUGGGUUAAAAAACAAUGAUCUGCAGCAGAUGUUAGGGAGCAUUGACAGAAUUGAGCAUUAUCUUCUCACGUCACAAUGAGACCAAACCCAAAAGAUUAUUACCGAAUUCGCCAUUGCUGAUUUCAACCUUCAUCAAAGUUUUCUGUUUCUUUUAAUUGGACGAUAUAUGAGGGUUGUUAAUGCUAUGAAUACAGGCACUUGGAUAUUGCCCCGUGCGCUAUUUAUCUUCUGUGGAGUUACAUCUGAUCCUCACCUGUAACUUGUAAACUUCCAUACAUCUGAUCAAUUCACGUUUCAUUUUUCUCAAGUGUCUUUAAUUCUUUGGUUCGGAUAAUCAUCUGUUAACACCAAGAGCUUCAGCAAAAGCGGUAAUUUUGAAUCGGAAAAGCCCCGGCUUGAUCAUUAAAAAGCAUCAGAUUUCAACUGAAAGCAGGUUAUGACCACAUCUAAGGCAAAAAUAAUAAUAAUAAUAAUAAUUUUCAUAAGAACAGUAGACUAUUAAAUUG